GAGAAAAUGAUCCCGAUAUUUGCUACGGGAUGAGAGUCGUCAGCGUCCACCGUUUAGCUCUUCCUCCUCCUUCUCCUCUACUUCCGGUACCUUUCUCUACCUCUCGUGAACACUCAACUCUCGACCUGAUUACUAAUCUUAUUCCUCAGCUUCCUCUCCCUACUCCACAUGCCUCCUUUACCUUCUCCUCUCUCAAUCUUAACCGCAAUCAAUCCCUAGUCCACCAUCUUGUUACCUCCUUUAGUCAAAGUGCUUCCCAUAAACCUGAUAAUUCUGAAGAUGAAGCUGACCCUUCCGUUGCUGAAGGAGAAGCGGUGGGUAAAAAUCCGACACGCAGGAGAAACCCCUUUGUUUCAGAAGAGCUUCUCAUGAAAUUGAAGAGAUAUGGAUUAUCUGGAGUAUUGUCUUACGGUUUACUUAAUACAGUCUAUUACAGCACAGCUUUCCUCUUGGUGUGGUUUUAUGUCGCCCCAGCACCUGGAAAAAUGGGUUAUCUCGCUGCAGCUGAGAGAUUUCUUAAAGUGAUGGCCAUGGUCUGGGCUGGAAGCCAAGUUACCAAGCUCGUCAGAAUAGGAGGGGCAGUGGCACUUGCACCUAUUGUUGAUAGAGGACUGUCUUGGUUUACAGUAAAAUACAAGUUUGAAAGUCAGGGAAAAGCUUUUGGUGCAAUGGUUGGGAUAUGUCUUGGUCUAGCUUUGAUGCUAUUUCUCGUUGUGACACUGCUCUGGGCGUAGCACAGAGUAAUAGCUGCAUUUGGAAGUAUUUGCGUUUACAACAAUUUUGUUUUUGGUUACAACUUACAAUUGGACAUGAUCUGAUGCUCUGUUUUAUUGUUGUAAGAAUUGGACUUGAUACAAUCUUAGUAGUCUGUCCGGUUUCUUGAGCUGUGACAUUAUUCUCCGAAGUGAAAUAACUCACUUCACUUAUUGGUCCUGACUUCCAAAAAC